GAGAGAGGACGGAGAGUAGAAAAGAAAAGAGAAAGGAAAAGAAAGAUGAAGAGUAGAGAGGAAACAAGUACGUGUGAGAUGGAUAGAAAGUGUAAGUGAACAAGCGAGAGAAGUCCAAGGGUGUUUAAAAUCAGUCAAAUCAAGUAGACUACAGUAUUGUGUCAUCAACUGGUCAGUGGACUUACCGGGGGGAUUAUGUCCAAACCUUCAUCCAACGUUAAGGCCCUUCAGGCUAAUUUGAACAUCCCGAUGGGAGCUCUGCGUCCAGGGGCGGGACAUCCUGUCAAGAGGAGAGAGGAGACAGUAGACACAGAAGAGGCUCAGUCACCACACCAGCCCAGCACUGCCGCCCAGACGCCGGAGGAGAAGAAGGCGUUGCCGGGUGCGGUGAAACUUCCUGGGCCUGCCGUUAACCUAUCAGAGCUGCAGAACGUCAAGAGUGAGCUACGAUGGGUCACCAAGGAUUAACAUGAUCCCCAGCCAGGCAGAGAGGAAGGCAGAUAAUCUUCAUAGACACAGACUUGCCCACUGCCACUGACGACUAGCAAACUACAAUCUAAUGCCGACAUGUUCGGAAACAGUAACAGCUUUCUGUGAAGCCACCGUCUGACCACCAAGAAGCAGGCAUCUACUAGGUUGAAACACUAAAAAUAUCUAUAUUUAUCUUACCAUGUCAGUUGAGAUUGAGUGAGUUGAGAGUUUUGUCACUAAAUCCAAAUCAUAAUUUGUACAAAAAGUUAAGUACUAUCGAGAUAAAGCGAGAUAUUCUGAGUUGUUUCUGCUGCAGAUAAGACUCCACUUUACUUGGACUUUUAGAAGUAAGUGAGUUGUAUUACAAUAACGGUAUAACCUUCAGCAUAUUCUUAGUUUUUUUUUUGUUUUGGGGUAUUUUUAAGCUGAUUUAGAAAGACUUUUUUUUGACAAUUGACAUCAAUUCAAGGAAUCCACUUGACAAAAAACAAAACUGUGAUUCCCCUUCUAAGUCUGUGACGACCAACUUGAAAGACACUUCUUUUCCAUACUGUCAAAACUCCAACUAUUCAGCACUGAUUUAUACUGAUACUUUCUAUUAAAUUAUUCAUUUCUAAAUGUUGUAACAAUUUACGAUGGGAUUUAAGUUCAACUGUACUACUUUUUCUUGGGGGGGGGUUAUAAUGUUUUUGUUGUUUCAUUGUUAUGAUUCCCAGAAACUUGUAUCUUCAGGAAAAUAUUGCAAUAAAUCAAGAUGGUUCUAAACAUCAAAAA